CUCGUUCAUCUCACCACUCACAAAUCUUGCCCAUCUCUCACUGAUCCUCGAUCAUCGCUUCAAGCCAAAUGUCGUCCGCGUUCACAUCCCAUCUCCCACCCUUUGAAGGUCUCCUCCCCAAAUGGCUUCUCCUAGUCUCUGUGAUCUCGGUCGCAAACAGCAUCCAAGCCUACAGCACGCUAUCCUACACUCAGCGCGUCUAUAGCAGCGUGAUAGCGCCCUCGCCCCCCUCCGGCGGCCUAUCCCGAACCCUCAAGCAGCCCAGCGCAUCCUCGCCCGAGACCUCUUCACCGGUGACGCCACUUAGUGCGCGCACGUUUGGUACCUGGACGUUCCUUUCGUCUAUCAUUAGAUUAUACGCAGCGUAUCAUAUCAACGAUCCAUUGAUAUACCAAUUGGCACUUUGGACAUAUGCUAUCGCUUGGGGGCACUUCAUGAGCGAGUGGUGGAUUUUUGGGACAGCGCGGUGGGGCGCAGGACUUGCGGGACCUGUGUUCGUGAGCACGGGGAGUCUGGCGUGGAUGUGGUUGCAGAAGGAUUUCUAUGUCCACAGCUGAGGAGAAAGAAUUUGGAGGUAGGUGGGCUUUCUGAACUGUAGAGGAAGGUGGGCACGCGAGGUAGUAUUUUGGGCAUGUGGCUAAGAUGAGAUGACGACUUUCAAUGUCGUAUUGAGGUAAUUGAGGUAAUUCUGUGAGAAUUUGCGUGAUUAUGUGAUUAAGUGAGAGAGAGGCGGUCGGGUUGCUAGUUCAAGAAUUGCAAGCGGCCAUGAACAUCUCAGAGAGUGGAAUUUAAU